UAAGAUUCGCAGUUUGUUCUCAUCCUCAGAAGAAGGAGCAAGUUUCAUAAAUAAUAAGAUUUUGAUUGCGUGCCAUUUCAUCUUUUCUUUAAGCAAGGGGAGUCAUUGGGCGAAUAAAAUAUGGUCUCAUGUAACGAACGACUUUAAUCUCGACUCCAUCCAGGCUCAUCACUUUUUCUGCAGCGAGUGGGAACUCAGUUCUACUUCACAACCACAAAAUAUUCUGGAAAAUGGCUCAAAAUCCGCCGUUAAUACUUCGUCACACCGCGUCUCUCUCCCAUAUCUCAUAUACCGUGCCGCCUUCAUGGUUAUUCUCUUAUCCGGGAUAACCAUCUCGGCCUCAUGUCAGUCACACUUGUUCCACAUUUUCCUUACAAAUUGGUCAUUCACGUUGCAAAAUGUGUACGGGCUUGUCCUCUUCGGCAUCGUCCUGUGGCGCUGGUGGACCUUUAAGAAUGGCGUCUUAUCUCCCCAGCAGAAGAACUCGACUUCAUCAUCCUCCCUGCUGACCUUGGGCGGAAAUAACCAUCAAUCCAUCAUUUUAGAGCUGCAGAACGAGAAACAGCAGCAGAAUGGAUAUCAAAAUCUCACCAGUCAGCAAAAUCCUGCAGCAGAACAGGAUGUAGAAAAACAGAGAGGCUCUCAAGGCUCUGUAAAGAUGGGGACAAUGGUUAAUAAUUCAGAAACGCCACCAGAACUAAAACUGCUGCCCUUGACUUAUUUGGAGAAAGGCGUCUGGAUUUUGAUGAAUGUGGUGCAUGUUUUGCCGUACUGUGUCGUUCUUGGAUAUUGGACUGUUGUUUACAAAUAUGACCCUGAUCAACCGACAUGCGAAAGAUUCAAAAGUCAUUACAUCGUCCAUGGCGCUACUGCCGUUCUUGCAAUUUUGGAUGCUUUCAUUAUUGCAAUUCCUGCCAGACCGACGCACUUUCUCGUACCGACGGGCCUGGUUUUAUUCUACGUCGUCUUUACAUGUCUAUACGAAGCAGCCGGUGGACCGUACCGUCCCGGCAACGAGUUUAUCUAUUCUGUCCUCAACUGGAAAUCGAAUCCAAAGAAGGCCAUCAUUUUCUCAACUUUAGCCGUGGUCGUGACACCAAUUGCACAUACCGUGUUCUGCUAUGGGGUUUACAAGCUGAGGAUAUGCCUCAAAUCGCUCUACGUUCGGAACAAGUAUCGUUGGAGUAACAGUGAACAGCCAAAUUAAUGGACGAUACGCAUUUAGCAAAUAUUUUUAAUGAAAUUCUACUUAAAUAGAGGGGGUGUACAUUUGUGGAUGCAUGUUUGGGGCGGUCAACUAUUUAUUUUCGUUUAUCAAUUUUUAAGUACCUGUUACAUAAUUGUUAUUGUUAUAUAAUAAUCGUAUUAUAGAUAGUAGUAAAUAUCUACGAUAGAUAAAGGAUAAGUACAAAGAAAAUGCCAGUUUAGUCUAAGAUAUCUGUACAUAUUUCUGGAAUUCAGCAAUUAAUUUGCAAUAUCCUUACUUGUGUAAUUGCUACUUAUAUAUUAAGCCUCCUACCGAAACACAAAAUACGACUGACUGAUUAUUGCAAAUACAAAAAUACAAUGCAUGAUCGGUGGAGAACAUACAAAAAAUACUAAACUGUUCAAUUCAAAGCAAUUGUAAUUGUAAUAAACUACAUGCGAACAUACCGUAAAUAAACUCUUAUUUAAAGUUUCAA